CUGCAGUUACAUUUACACCGCCGUGAACGAUUUUGCACGCCGUUUUUGGUUUAACCAACGAGAAAGUGAUUUUUUGUCCGCGAACAUAAAACUUCCGAGGCGAAUUCAAAAAUGGAAUCCUACAAAGUGGUUGCGUUCCUUUUCGUGUUAAUGUUUGCAAAUGGCAUGGCACUGCAGUGUCGUAACUGCUUCAGCACGAAAAGUUUCGACGAAUGUGAAAAGAUGGGCCCGAUAGUCGAAUGCAAUGCUACGAUCGUUAACGAAAAUCAUGAAACGUUUAAGGAAUACAACCCAUACUUACUACCAGGCAAUGGGACAGAAUUCAAGUGCUAUCGGUUUGAAGCUGCUAGGCUAUUUCCAAACAACACGGACACCGGACUGCGCGGAUAUGCCCGUGGAUGUACCUUUCUUAAUACGACGUUUUGUGUCGGUUGGAGCACCACUCUGAAUGUUACCAGCUGUACGACAUGCAAUACCGAUAACUGUGACCAAAUUCCGCCCCAAACUACUACCGUAGCUCCCCAAACUUCUACCGUAGCUCCGCAAAGUAGUACCGUAUCUCCCCAAAGUAGUACCGUAUCUCCCCAAAGUAGUACCGUAUCUCCCCAAAGUAGUACCGUAUCUCCGCAAAGUAGUACAGCAUCCAGCCAGGGCUCAACUACUACCAACAAACCGAAUAGUGCCGGUGUUGUUACCUUCAGUAAUCUAACAGGUUUAGGCUGUUUGAGCAUCUUGCUCGUUUUAGCGAUACGAUGAAUCAUUUAUUUUUAAGCUCGAUCGUUUAAUAAAAAUAUUAAUAACUAUA